AGUCGGCGAGCUCUGAUUGGUCGAGCUAUCCGUGUCGUCAUAAGCAUUGUAUGAUGGCGCCUUGUGUUGGACUUCCCGUUUCACUCGAGGUGGAAAGUUAAGAUGACUUUGAAGAUUUAAAGCAUAUGUCAGUGAGAUUUGUGCUUUUGGGCAGCGUGAAUUUAGCGCCGAUGUACUUCCCUUCGACAGCAUGGAGGAAACCUACAUCUACGUAGCAAACUAUGAGUACACCCCGGACGUCAACCACAAGGGGGACAUUGCUAUCUCAGUUGGUGACCAGCUGCUGGUCACCACACCAGUCUCUUCCAAUUUUAAAGGCAGCCUAGAGAAACCGGAGGGCUGGCUGCGAGGAGUCAACGUCAACAAGAAUGUUUGUGGGAAUUUCCCCGGUAAUUAUGUGCGGUUUGAGGGGAAACUGCCCCCCAGAGAUCCACCACCCCCAUACAGACAACCUCAGAAUACCGAAUUACGUCCUUGCACAGAAACUUCUUACCAUAAUCUGUUUGCAGUUGCAUCCUCACCUCCGACCUCUGACGUCAGUGUAGUUCAUCCUUCACCGGAACAAAACAGACCGGCCAAUGGGCCACCAGGUGUACCUCAUAGAUUAGUAAAGAGUUAUUUUCUGCGACCUAUUUUGUGCAUUUACUGUAAUGAUUACAUCUGGGGUUGUGGUUUAGUCGGCAUGAAGUGUGAAGGCUGUGGACAUUGUUGUCACUUAAGCUGUCAGAACGGUGUGAUAGAAAAAGCAGUUUGUAGCCGAGAACAGGCUCCCCAUGUGUCACCUCCUGAUGAAUGUGUGAGUCUAGAGAAGUGGACAGUAACUAACGUUUCUGAUUGGAUGGCAGCCCUCAAUCUUUAUCGUUAUGCUGAAUUGUUUAGGGAUAAAAACAUUAAUGGUAUGGAACUAAAGAAUAUAGAUGAAGAAAAAUUGAUGGAGAUGGGUAUAAAAGAUGAGUUUCAUAAAAAGUCCCUUUUGGUCUGUAUUGAUGAACUCUGUGAAAGGAACCCAGACCAGCGCCAAUUUACAAACCCUCUUCCUGCCUCAGGAAUCUACGACUUGGACGAGUAUUAUUGUGAUGAGAGUCAAGUCUGUGAACACCAGUUUGGAGAUUACAACUUUUCCUCCAUGCAGCGCUGCCAUUAUUGUAAUAAGUUCUUGUUUGGACUCAUGCAUCAGGGCUUCCAGUGUCGAGUGUGUGGUCUCUGCUGUCAUCGACGCUGUUCAAAAGCCCUUAUAAUAUCUUGUAAUCCAGUGAAAUACGAACCAAUUCGUAGAGGUAGCUUUACACAAAAUAGUUAUUUUGGUGUUGAUCUGGCUGAAGAGAUCCAGCGAACCAGUACAGAAGCUCCUGCUGUAGCCAUUCGAUGUGUGCAGGAAAUAGAAAAAUGGUGCUCUGAUCACAAAGAUCAAGCUAUGAAUGUAUAUAGGAUAUCAGCACGAACAGAAGAUAUUAAUAAAGUGAAGGCAACUUUUAAUUCUGCAUCUGACCCGCUAUUAAUAGAUAUCAGUAGCUUCAACAUCCAUUCGAUAGCUGGUGUGCUCAAGAAAUACCUUCGAGAACUGCCCAACCCUGUAAUUCCUGUUGAAAAUUAUGCCGACUUCAUCAAAGCAGCUAUGGUCGGUUCCACAAACGAGAGAGACCUCAUGACCUUGGUGACAUCCUUACCCUCGGCCCAUGCGUCCACGUUGCACUUCUUCAUGAAACACUUCUGUCGUCUCUGGCAGAUGCAGUACGAAUCUGGCGUGCGAGACGACAUAGAGAAGUUGUCGAAAGUGUUCUGUCACAUCCUUCUGCGGCCCCCUUGGGAGCGAAUUGUAGAAAUUGUGGAGAAUACAAAGUUACACAUUGAGCUGGUUGAGAACUUGCUUUCUUAUGGGGAUUGGGGUGUGGAAAAACCAAAUGUUCAUAAUCCACCCCCUAUACCCAAGCGACCCAAUGAUGCACCAACUACUCCAGCCAAAUAUGAACUGAAGGACGCUGAGUGGUACUGGGGCGAGUUAUCAAGAGAAGAGGUAAAUGAUAAGCUGAAGGACACGUCAGAUGGAACCUUUUUGGUUCGGGAUGCCUCUACGCAUGGUGACUACACUCUAACACUCAGGAAAGGCGGCAGCAAUAAAUUAAUAAAAAUUUACCACAAAAACAACAAAUACGGAUUUGUUGAACCGUUAACUUUUGAUUCGGUGGUCGAACUCAUUGAACAUUACCGCUACAAUUCUCUGGCCAUCUAUAACCGAGCUCUUGAUACUCAGCUGGAACACCCCGUCUGUAAACCAGGUCCGUAUAUAACAAUUGGUGCCGACGCCCAGAAAGAUGAGUUGGAGAAAUUACUAAAGAUCAACAAGGAAUACCAAGAGAAGGCCAACUCCUUCGAUCGUCUCUAUGAAAACCAUUCCAAAACGUCACAGGAGUUACAGCUCAAAAGUCAGGCACUUGAUGCAUUCCGAGAAACAUUAUCAGUGUUUGAAGAACAGAUAAAACUGCAUGAGCGGCAUCACAAAGAUGCCCAAGCACAUGAGGCACAAAAGUUGCAUGAGAACUUUGAGUUACUGAAACGCCGACUCAGCAGUAUAACGGAAAACCGGUUGCAGCUGACCAUCGACAUCCAGCAACAGACGCAGCGCAACAGGUCCUACAUCAGUGAGAUGAACAGUUUAAAACCAGAACUAAAACGGCUGUGUAGGACUAGGGAGAUGAGUAAAAAAUUAUUACUUCAGAAUGGUAUGAGCCAAGACUUCUUAGAUAACCAAUUAGAAGGACGUAAAGAAAAUGAUAACAGUUCAGUUUCUGACGACCUUACUCAUCGACAGGAGAGCUUAUGGCUUAUACCAUGCCAACGAGAUGAGGCUGAAAAACUGCUUGAGGGCAAACCCGACGGGACUUUCUUGAUUCGACCUAAAAAUAACGGACAAUUUUAUGCAUUGUCUAUUGUACAUGAAAAAGUGAUAGGCCAUUGUAAAAUCCUGCGGAAAAACGGCAACUAUGGCUUUGCCGAGCCAUACAUUAUUCAUCCGUCGCUACUGGAGUUGGUGUUACACUACCAGAAGACGUCGCUGUCCGAACACAACGAGCACCUGGACGUGACGUUGAAGUUCCCGCUGAAGGCGGGGAUAAUGGCUGAAGACGUCAGUGGGAGUGGCGGGGAUGCCCUCUACGCCCGCAUGACCUCCAUGAAUCUCUCGUCCAAUCAGUGUCCACCAUGGGAUCACGAUGGCUGAACGGCAACAACAACAACAGCAACAACUAUAAAUAACAACAAAAAUAAAACUGAAAUUGAAAGUUUGGAAAAAAAAAAAA